AUGCCCGCUACUAACCGCUCACCGUCUCCCUCAUCCUCCCGCUCGUCUUCACCGCCUCUCCAACUCGACCCCUCGACUUUGGCCGCCCUCAGCUCUUUCUACGACGAGCAGGCGGAAGCGGAGCGGCAAUUUGCGGAACUGGAGAAGAAGGCGCAUGACCGGCUGGUGCAGGCGCAGGAAGGACAGGCAGACGGAGAGGAGCAGCGAACGAUGAGCGUGGACGAGUUCCGGAAGCUCUUUGGCGAGGACUGGCAGCUCAGUCAGUUCUGGUACUCUGCCGACUUUGCGACCCGCUUCUCCCGCUUCCUCUAUUCUUUCUGCACCCCAACGACCCGCAUCGCCUUCCUCUCCUGCCCAACAGCCUACAUCGGCUUCCAGCACGAGAACCCGCUCAAAGACGCCUGGCUGUGGGAGUAUGACACACGGUUCAAGCUCGUCGCGGGCGACAAGUUUGUGCAUUACGACCUCGAGGAGCCGGAACGGUAUCCUCAGGAGCUACGAGGGACUGUCGACAUCGCCAUCGCGGAUCCCCCCUUCCUGAACGAGGUCACAAAUUGCUACUUUGCGACGACCCUCCGCUCCCUCCUCAAGCCAGACGGCAAGCUCAUCCUCCUCACCUCGACCUCCGUCUCGUCUAUCCUUCCCAAAGUCUACGACUCUCCGCCUGUGGGCCCGCUACGAAAGACGUCGCUGCAGGUGGAGCAUGCGGGAGGACGACUGCAGAACGACUUUGGCGGGUGGAGCAACUUCGACUUUGACGAGCGGGAAGGGGUGAAGUCCCUGGAGCAGCUGUGA